CGGGGGGCGGCGGGGCGCGGGCUGAGCGUGGCCGACCUCCUUUUCUCUGUUCCCCUCCAGAGUCAGAUCGGCCUGUUCGCUCGCCCGGACCCUGUCCCUGGGCUAAGUCGGCAAGAUGAGCGGCAACAACUUGGAUGCGAACGACGAGUUUGAUGAGCAGUUGCGAAUGCAAGAAUUGUACGGGGACACCAAGGACGGCGACACCCAGAAAGAUUCCGGCGGAGAAACUGAUUCCUUCGGGCAGCAGCCGGCUGACACCCCGUACGAGUGGGACCUGGACAAGAAGGCUUGGUUCCCCAAGAUCACUGAAGAUUUCAUUGCUACAUAUCAGGCCAAUUACGGCUUUUCUAACGAUGGUGCGUCUAGCUCUACUGCAAGUGUCCAAGAUGUCAGUGCUAGGACUGCAGAGGAACCUCCACAGAGAAAAACCCCCGAACCCAGUGAUCCCAAAAAGAGGGGAGAAAAGAGAAAGGCUGAAUCAGGCAAGUGGAUUCAGCUUGGAAAACAUGAGUGUAAAAAUUGAAAAUGUGUGUGUGUCAGGUUUGCCUCCAGACAUUACAGUGGAUGAAUUUAUACAGCUCAUGUCCAAGUUUGGCAUUAUAAUGAGAGAUCCUCAAACAGAAGAAUUUAAGGUCAAGCUUUACAAAGAUAAUCAAGGAAAUCUUAAAGGAGAUGGGCUUUGCUGUUAUUUGAAGAGGGAAUCUGUGGAUCUCGCAUUAAAACUUUUGGAUGAAGAUGAAAUUAGAGGCUACAAAUUACAUGUAGAGGUGGCCAAGUUUCAACUGAAGGGGGAAUAUGACGCCUCGAAAAAGAAGAAGAAGUGCAAAGACUACAAGAAAAAGCUGUCUAUGCAACAAAAGCAGUUGGAUUGGAGACCUGAGAGGAGAGCUGGCCCGUCCCGAAUGCGCCACGAGCGAGUUGUCAUCAUCAAAAAUAUGUUUCAUCCUAUGGAUUUUGAGGAUGAUCCACUGGUGCUGAAUGAGAUCAGAGAAGACCUUCGAGUAGAGUGUUCAAAGUUUGGACAAAUUAGGAAGCUCCUUCUCUUUGAUAGACACCCCGAUGGUGUGGCAUCUGUGUCCUUUAGGGAUCCGGAGGAAGCUGAUUAUUGUAUUCAAACCCUCGAUGGAAGGUGGUUUGGUGGCCGUCAAAUCACCGCCGAAGCCUGGGAUGGGACUACAGAUUAUCAGGUGGAGGAGACCACGAGAGAAAGGGAGGAAAGGCUGAAAGGAUGGGAGGCUUUUCUCAAUGCUCCCGAGGCCAACAGAGGCCUUCAGCGUUCAAAUUCCGUCUGUGCUCCAGAAAAGGCGGGGCCUUCUAGAGUCAGGCAUUUUUCAGAGCACCCUGGCACAUCAUCUAAAACGAAUGUUCAAGAAGGCGCAGCCGAAAUGGCAUUUGAAGAACCUAUAGAUGAAAAGAAAUUUGAAAAAACGGAAGAUGGGGGAGAAUUUGAAGAAGCUGCUUCUGAAAAAGAUGCGAAAGAAAGUGGCCCUGAAAAAGAGGCUGAAGAAGGCCACCCCCAAAAAGAAUCUGAAGAGAGCCGCCUCGCAGGAGAGUCUGAGGAAGGCUGUCUCAAAAGAGAACAUGAAGAAGACACCCCUGAGCAAGAGUCUGGAGAAGGCAGCCCCGAGGAAGGGUGCGAAGGGGGCAGUCCUGAAAAGGAGUCGAAGGAAAAUGGCCCUGAAAGAGAGGCCAGAAAGAAGAGACUCAAAACGGAUCGUGAGGAGAAUGGCCUGGAAGAAGCAGGCCCCAGCAAGGGGUCUGAUGGGGAGGCCAGCCCCCAAAAGGCAGCCGAAGACGACGACUCAGAACAGGAGUUUGAAGACCACUCGGAAAAGCAGUUUGAAGAUGGCUCUGAAAAAGAGUUAGAAGAAAACGGCCUGGAGAAGGGCUGUGCCGAGGAGGGCUCUGACAAGGAGUCUAAUGAAAACGUUCUUGAAAAAGAGUCAGAAGAAAAUGACUCUGAAAAAUCAGAAUUCGAAGAUGACAGCUCGGGAAAAGUGUUUGAUGAAGAAGGCUCUGAGAAAGAGUUUGACGGCGAGUCAGAUGAGAAGGAAGAAGAGGAAGAGGCAUACGAGAAAGUAUUUGAUGAUGAGUCGGAGGAAAAAGAGGACGAAGAAGAUGCAGAUGAGAAGGGGCUCGAAGAUGCUGAUGAAAAGGAUGAAGAAGAUGAUGCAGAUGAAAAGGUGUUUGAAGAUUCCGACGGAAAAGAGGACGAGGAAGAAGUAAAUGUGAAGGAAGAUGAAGACAUAGAUGAAAAGGUGUUCGAAGAUGAAGAUUCCAACGAGAAGUUGUUUGACGAAGAAGAUUCCAGUGACAAAUUAUUUGAGGAUUCUGAUGAGAGAGGGACCACGGGUGGUUUAGGGAAAGUUAAGGAAGAAGGGCCCCCGUCCACAGGCAGCAGCUUUGUCCUCAGUAGUGAUGAUGAUGACGACGAUAUUUAAUCCCUUAAACUUGCUUUGUUAGGGAGAUUCCUCCAUCUACAUUUUGCCUCUGCUGCAGGGUAAUUACUAGUAGUGUUACAUGAACGUGUGCGGUGCAUAGUGAUAGGAUGCCAUCAGAUUAAUGCAGUGAAUUUUUUCAUUGUUACUGUACUUAAUGGUUUUAAGUGUAUGUUCAUUGGCUGUUCAGUUAAAACUUCAUAGCGUAAUACAAGCAAACUGGAUACUUGUCCUUUGUCAGAUUUAUGAAAUGCAUGCAGAAUAAUAUUUUUUAAAGUAUUCUAAUUGAAGUUUGUGAUAUUCAAAAAUAAAAAAUAAGUUGUUAAUAUGCAGAAGCUGAAUAUUGGACUUGAGUUAAAUUGCAUUUUUAAAUUCUUGCUAUUGCUCUAUUCAUACUAAAGUUUGAUUUUUCCAGGGACUUGAAAAAUCCGUUAGGAGUCUCCUUGCUUCCAGCUUUUGUUACCACUGAUGUCCCCAUUUCCCCCUCUAACCAGAACAUGCUACUAAAACUUAGAAAGCAAAGAAUACUUUGGAGUUUUCCCUGCCCAGUCCUUGCCAGUUACUUUUCUCUUUUCUACCCUAUUCCCACAAAAAUUGGCUCUUAAAUGUGCACAAAUGAACUUCCCGAGGUCCACAGCUUCCAUUAAGGAAAAUCUAGAGGAGGU